CAGACUUCCGUGUUUUCAUCAGUUUUAGCCUCUCGUUUACAAAGGCCUCGUCUUCUCAGCAAAGUGAAGUUUUGUGUGCAGUUCGUCGAUGAGACAUCCAUCUGGAUCAUCCUCUCUUUAUUACUGAGUUUAUUGCAGAUUUUGAGAUCAUAGGCUGGUCACACUGGAUCGCCCACCUGGUGACAGCCGAGGCCAGCUUCUUUAAAAACUUCUGGGCCUGUACGUGUAGCAUCAGUCUGCGAUGGCUCAUUUCCGUAGCUACAUAUGGGAUCCGGUCCUCAUCGUGUGCCAGAUUGUGUUGAUGCAGUGCAUCUACUACAGUUUCUUGGGCCUGUGGUUGGCAGGAGUUGACAGUCUGGUCCAAACAAAUCGGUCACUAGACCAGAUUUUUAGCUAUGAGGUCCUUGCUUUUGCAACAAUGCAGGGAAGGCUCUCAAUGAUGGCAUUCAUCUUAAACUCUCUUACCUGUGCCCUUGGUCUGUGGUUCUUCAUUCGUCGAGGGAAACAGUGUCUGGACUUCACUGUCACUGUGCACUUCUUCCAUAUGAUCGGCUGCUGGAUCUAUAACGCUCAUCUUCCAGCGUCUCUGUCCUGGUGGCUCGUCAAUGUAGCCUGCAUGGCAUUGAUGGCUGUAAUUGGAGAGUACCUGUGUAUGCGGACUGAGCUCAGGGCUAUUCCAGUCAAUACUGGACCCAAGUCUAACCUUUGAACACUAGUGGACAUGAAGAUGAAAAUCUGUGGACGGUUAACACUUAAGGAACUUGCUGAGACAAGGCUUUUUUUCCACUGCUGGGAAGAGAAAUGGAGCUUUAACCUCCAUCGGUGAAUACGUCUGCUGACUGGAUGCAUCUCUUAUUCAUGUACAACACCAGAUGAACUUCUGUAUUUAUUCCUCGCUGUCUGUCAGACGGUAUUAACUCUGUAGCAUACUGGGAUAAAUGUUUUUAAUGCUUAUGAAAACAGAUGUCACACUCACCUGUGAACAUAAUGACUAUAAAUAGGAUGUUUUAUUUUUUCUGUAACUAAUAUUUUUGCAUUACAUCUCAGCACAUAAGCAUGAGCAUCAAGUUCCCUCAUUUUAGGAUUUUUGCAGUAUUUUGUUUUUGUUUUCUGGGUAUGUGCAUUACUAACAUACAAUAACAAGUGGAGGCUUCAUAGAAAAUACAGACACUUGUAAAGCAACAGGGAUUUUUUUGCAUUCAUUUAGCUGACUUGCGAGGUUGACCAUCAUUUUACAAAAAAAUUACAUUAUAGAUCUUCAGAAAUGUAAGGAUGUAAAUGUUUUUUGUGUGGGUUUCAAAAGGACAUCAGAAGAUGUGUUUCCUUCCAGAUGCAUUUUCAUUCUGCACAUUAAAAAAAAACUUGAGUGAAAAUGAAAAAACAAAACAAACCAAAAAAAAGUCAAAAUUGCAGAACAAGGCUUUUGAGUUGGUCAGUGAUGUGCAAUCAGAUCAGAUUUAGUGAACAAUAAUGUGUGAACCAACAGAACAUUGUCACGUUGAAUAAAUUAAUGAGACAAAAAUAAGUUGCAAGUUACAUAGAAACAGCAGCUGUACAAAAGUCUUAGCCUGUCUUUAGCAUUUUUGCAGGGUUGUAAUGAGAAUGCACUUUUAUUUCUCUGUCUCUUUAUUAAGAUGCUGUAAAA